CGAACCCCAUGCGGUCACAAAGGAGUAUCCUCAUCCGACAGUAAUGACGGUAUCUUGGUACAUAAGUCCUGUUGCCAGGCGUGCGGUCGCGAAUCCCCUGGUCCCUCAGCUUUGAUACUGGCUUAUUCAAGCAUGUCUUAUCCCCACCACCGCACGCUCGGCGCGCCUCGCUGGCCUGGGCAGACGCAAAGUUUCGUGAGGGAAGCACAUAUGGACCAAGGCUAUGCAAGCGCAUCAAUGCCGCCGCCGAGCACCACCAUGCCACGUCCACUUCAUCCCGGAUACGCUCCCCUUCAGCACUCUAGUGCGUAUCCUCCCCGUCUAUGUCAGAGACCUGGCGGAACUACUACAUCAUGCCUUCCGCAUCCGCAUCCGCACCCGCCUACUGCCUCUCAGCCUCCAGUCCCUCAGCCCAAUCGAGGACCCAUGACCAUACGGAUAUGGGAAAUGCCGUCGCUCGCUUCGAUUCCUCCUCAAGCCCCCAGAUUCGGUCCUUACACGCCGCCUAUCAAUCGACUGCCUCCGGAGUUGUUGUCGCGAAUCUUUGUCGAAGCGCUGCCAUCCCAGCUCUUUGAAGCAACGUGCAGCCGCCGCAGCGUGCCGCUAGUUUCCAGCCACGUGUGCGGGUACUGGAGGGAGGUCGCACUCAACACGGUCACCCUCUGGCAGUGGAUCUCUCUCACGGAGUGCUCGUCUAGGCGCGCGCAUCAUACCCGGAAGCUAGCACGCAGAUCCGUGCAGAGGGCGAAAGGGGCCCAGCUCAGAAUUUACUUCAUGGAUGCUGAAGCUGCGAGCGUGCAAGCCAACCAUUUCAAGUAUAUGGCUAUGCGCUAUCCUGUCGAGCCCAUCCCUGCUCGCGAGCGCUGCCCUUGCGCUUUGGACUUCAUUACGGCCCUCAUCUCGCGAGUGCGCGAACUCGACCUGUUCAUUGGACACGCGUCAACCCAGCGCUUGUCUCUGCUGCCGCCAUCCUCUGCGAAGGCAUUACGAAACAUACACUUCGACUUCGUGCAGGGCGGAAGUCAAGUGCAGUCCCUUUGUACUCUACUGUCUACGUCGCCAAUGCUUCGGUCAUUCGUGUGGACCAAUCACUUCGGUAUCUGCACCGUACCACCUCCUGCACGCAUCGCUUGGGCCCAGCUUGUUCGUGCAGAAUUCGAGAAGUCCCCCAUGACUUGCGAAGCCUUCUUCGAUAUGCUGUCGGUCGGACAAUCGCUCGAGACUGUCUGCAUUCGCCUCAUAAGUGAGGGAACAUUCUCUUCGAACAUACGUGGUACGCUCGUUCAGCGCGCCGUGACGGAGCUGCUAUUAUAUGGUGACGGUGCCCUGGACGAGGUAUUCAACACGGUCAGGCUUCCGUCCCUGCAGGAACUCACGCUGGACUCUAAAUCGAGGAACUCCACCGAUUGGCCCUGCGUCGAGGUCCAGUCCUUGCGCCGCUUCAUCCUGGGGACAUUAGCCCUGCAGAAGUUCGAUUUAUCGACGGGCGGCAAUGUCAACGAGGACGCACUUAUUGCCAUCCUCGGUCUCCCUCCAGCGUCCACUAUCACAGAUCUUUACAUAGAUCUGUCGCUCGUCAGCGAUAAGCUGUUUUCGGCGAUGCAUCGAGGUCCAGGUGGCCCGCUUCUUCCUCAUGUCUCUCGCCUGUCGUUGGGCCAUUGUGCGACAACGGACGGCGUGAUCUCUCGCAUGCUCUGGUCGCGCCACCAGCGUCGCUCUCCACUGGCAUAUACUCAAAUUCGCUUCAUGCGAACAGAACAAGGCCGGCAUCCGGUUGACGAACGCGAAUUUCGUCGGUUGAGCGAGAUGGGAUUACUCGCGGAAAGGUUUUUCUGAGUUCUCCCCCGAUGUGCACUACGCCCGAUAUGCUGACGCCUCCAGAAAGUCGUAGCGCCAUUUAUAAUAUACGGGUCACAGAUACACCAUCGUUGACGCCGGAAUUUCGCCCAAAGCCGUAGUCAGAGAACACUGCAGUGAUACGUAUGUUUGGUCUUUGUGCUACGCCUGAGCGAUGCAAUAUCUCUACUCGUCUUGCUGACUGCGCCUUCGUCGUGCUUGAGCUUUGCUGCC